CUGCGCCGCCUUUCGGGUCCGGCCGGGAUUGUCCCUCGGCGGCCGCCGUCCACCCGUUUUGUUUCCCUUGGCUCCGGAGGCCCAAAAUGGCGGCGGUGGUGGCGGAGUUGGAGCGCGUCCGCGUCUCGGCCGCGGAACUGAGGCGAGGGAUGCGGGCCGAAGCCGGAGAGGCAGCGGCGGCGGUACUGGGCAGAGCCGGAGCAGAGAUCAUGAAAGAGCCCCGGCACCGGAAGGACAACAGGCGCCCAGACCUUGAAAUCUACAAGCCUGGCCUCUCCCGGUUGCGGAACAAGCCCACCGUGGCAAAGCCAGAGCUUCCGGGUCCAGAGGUGCCCAAGGGAGGACUGGCUCCUGGCAAGAGCUCUUCCAGCAGGGAGGAUCCACAGGGCCCCCAGAAGUUGCAGAGUGGAAAUGGCCAGCAGCCAAAUGGCCUCUUAGAAGGGAAUGCUGAGGCUCCCACAGGCCAGGCAGGCACCCCUGAAGACUGGUGCCCUCGGAUCAUCCGGCGAGCCAAGAAGCCGGACCAGCAGAUCUACCAGCCUGGGAAACGCCUGCAAGCCUCAUCCAAAGAGCCAAGGGCCGAGGAGCCCCCCACCAAGGGAGAGAAGGGCAAAGAGUCCGAGAGGGAUGCCAUUGGGAAGUGCAAGGAAGGCAGCAGGCGGCCCUCAGUUCUGGAGGAGAAAGAGGGGAGCCUGAGCAAAGAGGGGACCAGGCCCCUCCGAGGAGAGAAGGGCAGGAGGGCAGAGCGUCCCAAGAAAGGCAGUGAGGAGGCUACCACUGCCCCUGGCAGCAAGAUGGGCACCCCAAAACGCUACUCACGCUCUGACAAACGCCGGAACCGAUACCGUACCUGCAGCACCAGCUCGGCUGGGAGCAACAACAGUACAGAUGGGGUUCGCGGGGAGAUGGAGGCCGGGAAGAAGCGGCCGGAGCCCAUGAAGGAGAGGCUCCAUCCCCGUCAACAGCCCUUGCAACAGCAGCUGCUGUCUGCUUCCUCCACCGAUUCCCUCGAUGAUGACCGAGCUGACGAGGGUGUGGGAGGCAGGGAUAUGGAAAGGAAAAGGCACCCAGAGCAUGGCUGGCUUUCCAGGACAACCAGCAGCGGAAGGGAGGCCAAAGGCACCCAGCCCAAUGGUGGUGGCAGCCGAGGCCCAGGCAGGGGUCUCCCAAAUGCGUCUGAAGGGGACUGGCGGAAGCGCAAGCCCUCAGGGGCCAGCCUGAGUGACUCCACGGAAGCUGGAGGGGAGGGGAAGCCCCCAGGUAGGGGCCGUGGGAUCCUGGUCCUUCCUGCCAACACGGACCUCACGGCUGGGGGUGGGGGCUCUCCCGAGGCUCCCCACUCGGCAGGAAACCGCCUCCUCUUUGGCAACAGCCUCAGCAAAGGGAGCCGAGGCAGGGGCCGAGGGGGCUCUGGGCGGAGGCUCUGGGAUCCCAACAACCCUGAGCAGAAGCCGGCACUGAAGAGCCAAACGGCCCCGCUGCAUUUCUUGGACACGGACGAUGAGGCGGCUCCCCCUGCUGCCCCCCGGGGAGACCCCCGUCAGGCCCAGGCUUCCUUCUACCGCUUCCAGAACUCAGAUAACCCCUAUUCCUAUGGCCGCUCUGUGGGCCAGGCUCCAGCCUACCCUUAUCCCGGCUAUUCCUUGCCCUACCCCAUGGCAGCCAGCAAUGGGGUCUACCCUGGGCCCUACUACCAAACAGCUGGCUACCCAAGCCAGCCCCAUGAGGCCUACAUCUGUGGCAGUCCACUACUGGCCUCCCCACUCAGCCCUGAGAUGGAGCAGCAGGUCUGCGGGCUGCAGCAGCAGGAGCUCAGCAAGGUCCUCCGCGAGGCCAGCAACCUGGAACAGCAGCUGAGCAACCUCCUCUCUCGGGAUAGGCUGAGCCCCGAGGGCCUGGAGAAGAUGGGGCAGCUCAGGGCUGAGAUGCUUCUGCUGUAUGAGCGCUGCCUCUUGAGCGACAUUGAGUUCGCUGACACCCAAAAUGUGGACCAGCUGCUCUGGAAGAACGCUUUCUACCAGGUGAUUGAGAAGUUCCGCCAGUUGCUCAAGGACCCUCUGGAAGAGAAUGCCCAAGAGAUCCGCAGCAAGUUGCUCCAGAUCCUGGAUGAGGGCACCCUUUUCUUUGACAAUUUGCUGCAGAAGCUGCAGGUGACUUACCAGUUCAAGCUGGAAGACUACAUGGACGGCAUGGCAGUUCGCAGCAAGCCCCUGCGGAAGAUGGUGAAAUAUGCACUCAUCAGUGCCCAGCGGAGCCUGAUCUGUCAGGGUGACAUCUGCAGGUACCGAGAGCAAGGCAGCGACACAGCCAACUAUGGGAAGGCACGCAGCUGGUACCUGAAAGCCCAACACAUUGCCCCAAAGAAUGGACGCCCCUACAACCAGCUGGCUCUCCUGGCUGUCUAUACGAGGAGAAAGCUGGAUGCUGUCUACUAUUACAUGCGCAGCUUGGCUGCCAGCAACCCCAUCCUGACUGCCAAGGAGAGCCUCAUGAGCCUCUUUGAGGAGACCAAACGUAAGGCUGAGCAGUUGGAUCAGAAGAAGAGCUCAGUCCAGUGCAUGCAGGGCAAAAAGACGAGCUCCUUCCGGCCUUCAGUGGAUGACACCACCCGCCUAGAGCUCUGGAUCCACCCCUCCCACCCCCGUUCUGGCCAGGGACAUGAAUCUGGCCGCGAUUCGGAGCAGGACAACGGGCUCGGGAACCUUAGCCCCAGUGAUCUGAACAAAAGGUUCGUCCUGAGUUUUCUCCAUGCCCAUGGGAAGCUGUUUACCAGGAUUGGGAUGGAGACAUUUCCGACAGUGGCAGCUGAAGUCCUCAGCCAGUUCAGGGCGCUGCUGGAACACAGCCCGCCGCCCAUCGGGAGCACCCGCAUGCUGCAACUCAUGGCCAUCAACAUGUUUGCUGUGUACAACUCCCAGCCUAAAGAGUGUCUCUCAGAAGACUGCCGCUCAGUGAUCCAAGAACAGGCCACAGCGCUGGGACUCUCCAUGUUCGCUCUGCUGGUCAAGCGUUGCUCGGACCUUCUGCGGGAGGUCUCCCCAGCAAGUCCAUCCCCGGAGGGCCCUGAGGACGACGACAUCAAGGUCUCCUCCUUGCCACCGGACCUAAAGGAGUUUCUGCCCAGCAUCAAGGUCUGGUCGGACUGGAUGCUUGGAUACUCGGACACCUGGAACCCACCGCCCAGCGCUCUGGAGCUUCCUCGAUCGGUCUCCGUGGACGUGUGGGCCACGUUGGCCAACUUCUGCAACAUCCUGACAGCGGUGAACCAGUCGGAGGUGCCCCUCUACAAGGACCCGGAUGAGGACCUGGCCUUGCUCAGCCUGGAGGAGGACCGCCUACUCUCUGGCUUCGUCCCGCUGCUGGUCGCCCCACAGGAGCCCUGCUACGUGGAGAAAGCCUCGGACAAGGUUAUUGCGGCCGACUGCAAGAGGGUCACGGUGCUGAAGUAUUUCCUGGAAGCCCUCUGUGGCCAAGAAGAGCCAUUGCUGGCAUUCAAGGGUGGAAAGUAUGUGUCAGUGGCCCCGGUCCCAGACGCCAUGGGAAAGGAAGCGUCCAGCCAAGGGGGAAAACAACUGGAAGAUCAGGAGGAUGACAUCCGAAUUGAGGCCUUUGAGGACGACUCGGAGGCCGAAGGAAGUGGCGACGAGCUGGACAUCAAGGAGCUGCGGGCCAAGAAACAGGCACUGACCCGGAAGGUGGCUGAACAGCAACGCCGCCAGGACAAAAUCCAGGCAGUGCUGAAGGACCAGGCUCAAGUGAGGCAGAUGGAGCUGGAGAUCCGACCUGUCUUCCUGGUCCCGGACACCAAUGGCUUCAUUGACCACCUGGGCAGCCUCACCCAGCUCCUGGAUUGCCGGCAGUUCAUCCUGGUGGUGCCCCUGAUUGUGAUCAAUGAGUUGGAUGGGCUGGCUAAAGGCCCCGAGUCGGAGCACCGGGCAGGAGGCUACGCACGGCUGCUGCAGGAGCGGGCCCGCAAAGCAGUGGAGUUCCUGGAGGCUCGCUUUGAGCGGCGGGACAGCUACAUGCGGGCCCUGACCAGCCGGGGCAACGAGCUGGAGUCCAUCUCCUUCCGCAGUGAAGACAUCUCCCGGCAGCAGGGAAACAAUGACGACUUGAUCCUCUCCUGCUGCCUCCAUUACUGCAAUGACAAGGCCAAGGACUUCAUGCCAGCCAACAAAGAUGACCCGAUCCGGCUGCUCCGGGAGGUGGUUCUGCUGACGGACGACCGGAACCUGCGCGUGAAGGCCCUGACCCGCAACGUGCCUGUGAGGGACAUCCCCACUUUCCUCAGGUGGGCCCAGGAGGGCUGAGGCAACCCCCGGCGGGCACCACCACCACCACCACCACUCUCCCACCAGGGAGGAGAAGCUGUGCAAGUCUUUGCUGCCAUCAGGGGGCGGCCUUGAGGCGGUGGGCUGAGCGCCACACUGGCGCUGCCACUUCUGACGCCGACGCCGCCAUCGCUGCUGCGCUGCCGCCCGCUCCACUGUUCCGAGAUCCACCCAUGAACAAUAAAACGCAGCAGCGACUCCAACCCCACCGAAUGGCCGUGCUGUGGGGUGCGAGAGCAAGAGAGAGCGGUUGGGCCCCAGGCCCGCUGGGAAAGGUUGUUGUUGUUGUUGUUGUUCCGGCCAGGGAGGCUUUAAAAAAAGUGUGUAGUGGGGUUUUUGCCCAGAUGGGAAGAAAACUCCCACUGAAGGGAGUCCCUCUCUUUACCUCCCUUGCCAAGGGAGGGAUAGGGGCAGAACUGGAAUGCAGGGAGCUGUUUGUGGGAACCCCAACCCCUUCCCCCUAGAAGCUCCCAGACAGGAGGGGAUGGAUUCCCCUGCCAUCAUCAUCAUCACCACCAUCAUCUCCAUCACCUCACCCCACCCCCCGGGCAUGGUCCUGACUUUUCUUCUUCCUGCCUAAAAUGGAUCCUUUUCCCCCUGUCCCCCGUUUUAUGUUCCCCACACCACAAAGUUGUUGCCCGUGGGUUUCUUAAUACCUCUCCCUUGUUCUCUUACUUCCUCCCCCAGUUUCCAUCAACACACACACACACACACACACACACGUACGUUACUUAGCCACUGGUGUGAUUUAGAGAGGAGACGAUGAUUGCUUGCGCAUAUUGCUAUCUUUAGGGUGUAGGGCUUUGGGGGUGGGAGGCAACGGGGUGGUCUUCAUAGGGGAGUUUGGAGGGCAUGGAGAGGACCAGGUUGCUCAAGGGGGGGAUGUCUGUUCACACAGAGGACUUGCUCUGGGGGCAAAGACCUUUUGUAAUGACACCUGUAAUGAAAGGGGGAGCGGUAAAGGGGUGACACUCCCAUGUGCCCCAUGCUUUUUCAAAACAGUGUUCUGCCCCUUCUUCCCCACACUCUGGGAGUUGUAUCUGCUCUGUAGCAAAGGGAAAAGCAAUGGUUGCCCACCCCCAGGUCCUUUGGGCUCUGGCCAGGGGAGCCUGGGAUUGUCUCCCCCUCUUCUCCCCCCCAAAAAAGAACCUUGUGCUUGAGGACUCAGCUCUGUUGGAGUCAGCCAUGCAGAGAAGCCCUGGAGCCCCCUUAGCUUCCAAUGGGGGUUUCUCCAGAAGAGGUUUGGGUCACCAUGCUGGACUUGCCACCCUUGGUGCUUCGCAUCAGCAGCCAAGGAAGGUGAGGUGUGGGACGGGACACCCCUGGUUCUGCUUUUGCCUGUCUGAGUUUGAUGAAGGCUUUGUGACCAUUUCCGUUGUGUUGUUUUCUUAAUAAAUCUUUUAGUAGGGCA